CAAAUCAUUGUCAUCUUGCUCGUCGUCGUCGUUGUCAUCGAAAUCACAACCUUAGUUCGAGUAGUAGUCGUUUUUUUUUCCUUCGUUGUCUUCGUCGUCGUCGUUGUCGUCUUCGCUGUCGUUUUUGUCACCGAGGCUGUUAUUUUUGUUUAAUUUUUAUUUUUCGUCGUGGGCGAUGAUGUGAAUUUUUGAGCAAAGAACAUUUUUAAUAUAAAUGUUCUCUUUUACGUAGUUCGCGGAAAAUUCUUCUUAACCUUACUUAAUUUGUUGUUCUGCUUCGCUAUUUCUGUGAUUCUACUUUCUGUGAUUAAAUUUAAUUCCAAAUUUUCUUUUACAUACAAAUAUUGGAAUCAAAUAAUUAUGAAAAUCAAAUAACCGCAGUAUAUGUUCUAGUUUUAAAAUUCCCAUGCGUCCUCAAGUUUUGCAACAAAAAGAAAAGUUAUUUAAUAUCUUUUGGUUAUCGUUAAACAUUAGUACCUAUAAUUUUAUAUGCACUAUGUACAUGUAAAAAACUGACACUGACUGCAUAGUGUUGUAGAUGGUUCUCUUUUUUAUUUAACGUUAAGUUCUGGUGCUACUCUGUACAUAGUUGACUUUGGUUUUUGUUUUGUUUACCACACACCGCCUGCUGAGUGAAAGAAGACACAACCAGCCAUUAUCAAUCAACUAACCACAGUCAAUCCCUAUAAGUGCAAUUAUAUUAAUGUCUAAGUUUCUAACUUAAAUAAUUUUGUAUGUACACAAUUUGCGAACAAAAUACAAAGAAUCGAAGAUUCUUCAAUUGGAGUUAUUUCUUGGAUGUUGCUACGAGCUUUCUUCCGUGUACUGCCGUGCUGCAACGAAAAAGAAAUGAAUUCUUCAAACAAAUGUGUAUCGUCAACGGAAAAUGGUAUUCAUCAUGAUAAAGUAGCUAUAUUAGAUGCUGGAUCUCAAUAUGGGAAGGUUAUCGAUAGAAAAGUGCGUGAAUUACAAAUCGAAUCUGAUAUCCUCCCCUUGGACACAACAGCUGCAGAGCUUAAAGUCAAUGGCUAUCGAGGCAUUAUUAUAUCUGGUGGACCAGCAUCAAUUUAUUGCGACGAUGCGCCACGAUACGAUCCGGAAAUAUUCAAAUCGAAAAUUCCCAUAUUAGGUAUUUGCUAUGGCAUGCAAAUGAUUAAUAAGGAGUUCGGUGGUACAGUGCACAAAAAAGACAUCCGAGAGGAUGGUCAACAGAAUAUUGAUAUAGAAACAUCAUGUCCACUAUUUAAUCGCCUUACCCGAACACAGUCCGUUCUUUUAACCCACGGCGAUAGUGUCGAUCGAUUGGGAGAUAAACUAAAAAUUGGAGGACACUCAUCAAGUGGUAUUGUAACUGCCAUAUACAAUGAAUCACUACGAAUAUACGGAGUGCAAUUUCACCCCGAGGUCGAUUUAACAGUCAACGGCAAACAAAUGCUCUCUAACUUCCUUUAUGAAAUUUGCGGGCUUACACCAUCCUUUACCGUUGUCAAUCGAAAGGAAGAAUGUGUUAAAUAUAUUAAAGAAAAAGUAGGAAACAACAAAGUUUUGUGUCUUGUUAGUGGUGGUGUAGAUUCAACAGUUUGUGCUGCUUUACUAAGACAUGCAUUGGAUCCAAGUCAAAUAAUUGCAGUUCACGUAGACAACGGAUUCAUGCGAAAGGACGAAAGUGAAAAAGUUGAAAAAUCAUUGAGAGAAAUUGGCAUUGAUCUGAUAGUGAGAAAGGAACUUUUUCAAUUUCUAAAAGGUACCACGUCUGUGAAGCGCCCUGGUCAAUUGUAUAUUGUGGAGACCCCAAUGCUUUGUCAAACGUUUAAUCCUGAGGAAAAACGUAAAAUAAUCGGAGAUGUGUUUGUUAAAGUGACGAACGACGUUGUUAGCGAAAUGAAACUGAAACCAGAAGAAGUACUAUUAGCACAAGGUACAUUAAGGCCUGAUCUUAUUGAAUCUGCAUCCAAUUUGGUCAGCAAUAAUGCGGAUACGAUUAAGACACAUCAUAACGAUACCGAUUUGAUAAGAGAACUAAGAAAUGCGGGUCGAGUAGUUGAACCACUUAGUGAUUUCCAUAAAGAUGAAGUAAGGACCUUGGGUUAUAAUCUAGGACUACCAGCAUCACUGGUUGAAAGGCAUCCAUUCCCUGGGCCUGGUUUAGCCAUAAGAAUUUUAUGUGCUGACGAACCGUAUAUUGAAAAAGAUUUCUCCGAAACACAGGUUAUAGCACGAGUGAUAGUAGACUACAAAAAUAAACUUGAAAAGAAUCAUGCUUUAAUAAACCGAGUUAGCGGCUCAACUUCCGAAGACGAAAGGAGAGAACUCUUACGAAUUUCAUCAAAUUCUCAAAUACAAGCAACCGUCUUGCCAAUCCGAUCAGUUGGAGUUCAAGGCGACAAAAGAAGUUACAGCUAUGUUUUGGGGCUUUCUAGCGACACUGAACCAAAUUGGAGCGAUAUAAUGUUUUUAGCCAAACUUAUCCCUCGAAUCUUACAUAAUAUUAAUCGAGUUUGCUAUGUAUUCGGUGGACAAGUUCAAUUUCAAUUCCAUGAUAUAACGCAUACAAAUCUAAAUCGUUAUGUACUGAAGCAAUUAAGGCAAGCCGAUGCAAUUGCAACUGAUAUUAUCCAACAAGCUGGAUUGAAUAGAAAAAUCUCACAAAUGCCUGUUGUGUUAGUUCCGCUCCACUUUGACCGUGAUCCAGCUAACCGAAUACCUUCGUGCUGUCGAUCCAUUGUAUUACGGCCUUUUAUAACAAACGAUUUUAUGACUGGUGUGCCGGCUAUUCCAGGUUCAGCUCAACUGCCAAUUCAUGUACUGGAAAACAUUGUACGUGAAAUAUCCAAAUUGGACGGCAUUUCAAGGGUUCUUUACGAUCUAACUGCUAAACCGCCCGGAACAACUGAAUGGGAAUGAUUUAACCAAUUACCAUAGCAGCAGACAAAACUCUUUCAAACUCUUUGUUCUAAAGUUUGUUCUAUUCACCUGCUGUGCAUAGGGAUUCUUCAUUGAACAAGUCAAAUACAGCUAAAUUAAGAAAAAAUAUAAAACACUAGGAGUUUAAAAAAAGCAAAGGAAAAUUAAUAUAAUAAAUUUAAUAAUUAAAUAAUUAAAUAAAAUAAAACAAAUCUUCACUCUUAACAUAUAAAUAAAACAAAACAAAAUUAACAGGUUCAGUUUCCAGGAUUAAAGUGUUGAUCGGUUGAGGUCCCAAACUGAAUCCAAAAUUAAAUGAUGUAACCAAAAUAUUUAAUAAAACAAAAAACAAACAAAAUUGUCUGAGACGAACGAAAAACAAAAACACUUAUGUAAAAAUACAAACAAAAAGUCUAUAAUAUGUUACUGUGUUAAAAACAAAAAAAAAACAUCGGAUUGAAAAAAGAGAUUAAAUCCAUAUAACUGUUAUAAAUAAAAUCAUAAAACAAAAUGGAGAAGCCAGAAAUUUAAUUCUGUGAAACAUUCAUAUUAAAAUGGUUUUCAUUUUUUUCUUUCUAAUUUAAUUUUAUGUUAAAAGGAAAAUGUUUACGUGAUCAUAUAAAAAAAAAAUAAUAAUAAUCGUUUCUGUUAAUUUUUAUACGUAUAAACAAGAGAACAUAUUUCCUUUUUUGUAAAUGAAAAAAAAAUAUUAUUUGUUACCCAAGAGAAGUCCUCAUUUUAUCAUGAUUUAGUUAUAAUAAAAUAUGGGGCGAAGAAGAUGAAGAAGAAAUAUUUGAGUGAAUAUAAUAUUGUUAAAUAUAAAAAUAAAACAUUUUUAAAUUAUACUUAUGUGCUGCAUUUUAAACAAACAAAAAUAAAUUUGAAAAAAUAAACAAGAACAUUUAACAGUUUUCAUUUUUAACUCUUCGUUGAACAAUUAAUUAUAAAUUAAUUUAAAUGAUAAAAUCUAAAAAGUUUAACGAAACAAAACGAUGAGAAAAUAAAGAACUAUAUUUUAAAAUAUCA